GGGUUUCGGAUUCUGCCGCCCCCGCUGCUCGCGCUAGAAAGUCUCCGCGGGAGCUGCUGGCGCGCGCAGGGGCGCGGGGCUGGCUCCAGGGAAGUGGCGCUCGGCGCGGUCCAGGCGAGCCGAGAUGCGGGAGUCCCGCGAGCGGAGGCGCUAGGAGUCGGACCUUCACGCUCGCGGGCAGCGGGGCCGAUGGCUGCCCGGGGGCUGCUGCUCCUGCUGCUUCUCCAGGGGACCCAGGCGGCGCCCCCGCAGACAUUGAUUAUCUCACCUCAGUCCUGUAAUGUGCUAGAGAACUGGCUCUAUGAUGAAACUUCACAACGCUGCUGCUACCAGUGUCCCUCAGGCUAUCAUAAACGGAAAGAGUGUCCCACAGAUCCAGACCGGGACUGUGGGCAGUGUGAACCCGAGCACUUCCUGAACAGGGAGCAAGGGAAGCCACGCUGCGAGGCCUGCGUGUCGUGCAAGCCAGAAUACGACCUUGUGGAGAAAGUCCCUUGCUCCUUCAAUUCCAGAAGGGUGUGUGAGUGCCGAGCAGGGCUGUUUUGUAAGGUUGCCGUUCUGAACAGCUGUGCGCGAUGCAUUUCCCACACUGUCUGCAAGCCAGGAUUUGGAGUCCUAGUCAGAGGCACCUCAGAAGUUGAUGUCUCCUGCCAAGAAUGCCCUUUGGGGACCUUCUCUGAGCGGCACUCCAGCACCGAACGCUGCAAGCCCCACACGGACUGUGCCAAGCUAAACAAAGUAGCCGUGGACAGCGGAAAUUCCACACACGACCAAGUCUGCAUGGACCCACCUCCCACCCACCUCACACCUGCCACUUUGUCUGCGAAAUUCAGCAACGAGUCGAAGGAUUCCGACAGGGCAAAAGCGCCGCUCCUGAACGAGCAGCCAACAACCGUGGGAGGCCAGCAUUCCCACACUACCACAAAGCCAGUGACCAGCGCCAGCAUCCUCACGAGUGAUGCAGCCUCUGGUGAUGCCAACUGGACUGCUGCGGGAACCGUCGGUGGAUCGGAUACAAAACACGCAGCUGGCACUUCUCCUACCUCAGAUAUAGCUACAGAAAAGACUGCCAAGACAGGUGAUGGGAGCUUUGUUCCCUGGGGUGCGGUGGUUCUUUGCAGCAUGGUGCUUCUCGCUGGUAUGCUGGCGGUUUGGCAAAGGAAGGCUUGCAAGAGGCGGAUCUUCACCCCCAAUGGGAAGACUCUUGAUCUGUAUCCAGUCACUACAUGUAGACUCAAAUCUUCAAGUCAGGGUUCUGAUCUGAUGAAGAACUGUGCAAAGAGGUUCAGUAUGCUGAAAGCUGACAAAGAGUCAGAAGAGAGGGAGUUGUUAAACAGAAUCCCCGUUGUGGAAACCAACAACAACUUGGUCUCCAGCUCAGAAAAAAAUCCCAGUCCUGACUCAAGCCUGGCUGAGACGAUCCAGAGCACCGGGAAUGCCACAGACUACCCCGCUGAUUCCCGAGUGAGGGACCACACUAAUAACCGAAUCGACAAAAUAUACAUAAUGAAAGCCGACACUGUGAUUGUGGGGUCCAUUUCGGAAGUGCCCGUCAGCAAGAACUGCGCGGUUAGAGGAUGUGAAAAUGAUUCUAAGGCUCAAGAAAACAUGGAGGAAAAUGAACUUGCAAUGCAUUAUCCGCAGCAGGAGACAGAAUCGUUUCCAGGAAGUGAUGUAAUGAUUCCAGUGGAGGAGGAGGGCAAGGAAUUUCAUCACCCUACCACUGCCACUGAGAAGUGAUGUCUUGCAGAGAAGCUCUUGAAGACUAAAGCUACACAGAUGCCAAUUGUGCUAGUGAUAUCCAGUGCAUUGGGGAGCCAUGAAUGCCUUAUUGUCUCAGAUGCUGGAAGGAUGGUUGGGGGUCAUGGGAGCACUUUGGUACAAGGUGUCAUAGAAUUGAUUUCAUCCAGGAAACAAGAGAAUCAUCAAUAGUAACAAGAAGGAUUUACACUUAUGGAUCACAUCAAAUAUUUCUCUCCACUUCUCCUCCGCACGUCCAGUUACAGAUGGGACUGAAUCAAAACCCCACGUUUGAACACUCCAAAACUCUGAGGACUUUUGGAUCCUGAUCCAAACCCUACAGUUGCCCCAUCUUCAUAACUGAAUGAUAUAAAUCCAUUGUGAAAAUUCAAGUCAGGAUCCAAAGACUGAAGAUUGGGGCCUAUCUCUGAAUCAUCUAUCUGUAGUUGUGUUGUUCCUAUCAUUGUUGCCAAUUCUUGGGAUUUUAUUGCUAAUCUCACAACAUUUUUUUUCUGAAAGUCCCAGCUCCUGGAGUCAUGUGAUCACAUGAGAAUCUCAGCCCUGACGGUAGUGGAUAAAAGCUUGGAAACAUGACCUAAGUGUGCCCUCAAGGCACAGAUACUAGAGUGUAAAUAAAACAAACCCAACAUUUAUUCAUGAUUUUUUUUUUUUAAGCCAAUCUCAUGAAUAGUUUGAAGCUGGACUCAAGGUGGACUUCUGUGAUUAACUUUUUGAUUUUGAUAAAGAAAACUGACAAUGAAAAGUACAAAAAGGUAAAUGACUUACAGCUUGUAUAUAUUUCCCAAUACUGCAUGCUUCACGGGCUCUCCAAUGCAAUUAUGCUGUUUCAGAACCUGUCAAAGCUGCAAGACCGGACAAUACAAAACCAGACACUACUAGAUAGACAUAACAUGAUAGAAAUAAAAUAGGAGAAGACAUACAUGAAUAGGGAGAAGAGGGAAGAGGAGUCCAAGAGGGAGGGGAAAAGAGAAUGGAGGUCUGGCAUUCUUUGAGCCCUCUGUACAUGUGUUUUAUCUAAAUGUAUCUAAAAAAGAGGUCCACGUUUCUUUCAAUUCAGACUCCAGGGUUUUGAUGUUUGGGAUUGGCAGUGCUACUACAUCAUGGCCUUCUCCAGUACAAGCCAAAGGGUUUUGAAUAUUUAGAUGUUGUACUGAAAGUGAACUUUGCCUCCGAGUCUGAAUUAAGCAGGCCUGGCGAAUAUGGAUAUGGUUGUAUAAGGAAAACAAAAGGUUUUCCAAAACAAACAAAGAUUUUUUUUUUUUUAAAUGCCACAUUGCUGGUUUCCUAAAACGAUGUCCGUUUCUGCUGCGUUUGGAAGAAGUGCAGGUGGUGAUCUGGGAAGCGCUUAUUUACAUAUUAUUUUUUAAAAAAACCUCUCAAGUUUUGUGAUCAAAUUACGCAAGAUGCUAAACUCUCAUGCUGCUAAGUCUAUAACUGUAAAUGUAAUGCAUCAGUGCUGACUGCGCUUUCACGUGAUUAUGGAAAAUGAGUUACAUGACAGUGUUUCUUGAUAGGUUUAACAACAACAAAAAAAAAAAGAGGAACCACAGAAUUACUACCGACUCAGUAGUUUUUAUAUUGGACAGAAUACAGUGACGGAUAAUUGUGCUUCUCUAGUGCAUUCAUAAGAACGGUCAUACUGCAUCAGACUAAUGGUCCAGCAAGCCCAGUAUCCUGUCUCUGACAGUGGCCAGUGCCAGAUGCUUCAGAGGGAAUGAACAGAACAGGGUAAUUUCAAGUGAUCCAUC